ACCUUUGUGGCCAUGGGGACUUCUCUGCUAAGGCAACUGCAAGACCAUGAGGGUGACCGAGUGGAGAGCUACCAGGAGCUGGAGAGCCUCCUGCAGGGGCAGGACGGCUGCUUGCCAAGCGGAGUUGUGAACCGGCUGAUAGCAGAGGCGUCCAGGGACAUGCGAGCAGCCCAGGGGGUGAGAGAUGAGGUGAAGGUGGCUGCUGGCGACAUGCUGCUGGCCCUGGCCCGCUCCCACUUCCACUUUGUCAUGGCCGAGCUGCAGAGCCAGCUGAAGGCCCUGGGGAAGGAGCCUAAGGAGCCUGUGCUGCUCAGCCUGGGCAGCAUGGCCGGCAGCUACGCCCUGCGGUGCCUGCCCUUCGUGGGGGUGACGCUGCCUGCCCUGCACGCCGCCAUGAGCCAGGCGGGGAGCGGCCGGGUGCUGCGCGCCGCCUGCUGCGUUCUGGAGCAGUGGUCCAAAGGGGUCCAGAGGUGCAUCUGCAGCCCAGAGCAAGGCUCCUGCCCCGGGCCCCGGGCAGCGCAGCUCUGUGACGACUUCUACCCUGCCUUCUGCUACAUGGUGGCCAACUGGCUGGGCUGUGAGGAGGAGGAGGACAAGCAGGCUGUUGUCGGGGCGAUGGCCGCCAUGAUGGGACUCCUUCUGCAGGGGAAGCAGCACCGAGAGCAGGCCUGGCAGCAGCUGCCCUGGCUCCUGCAGCAGUAUCAGGAGGUCCAAGACACCUCCCGGGUCUCCAAGAGCCUCAGCUACGUCCUGGAGAUCCUGGAAGGACUUGGGAGCCCAGUGCCAGAGGGCACCUCUCUUGCCAUCAGCAGUGCUGUGCACCGCCAGCUCUCUGGCGUGUGCAAGGAGCCUGGCCCUGCCCACCGGGCGCUGCUGUCCCGCUGCUUCGUGCUGCAGGCCCCAGCCUGCCCCGAGGAGACGCUGGUCUUCCUGCAGUCCCAGCUGAGCGCUGGCAGCCAGGCCGGGCGUGCAGCAGCCCUGGGCCUGCUGGGAGCACUGCUGCGCGCUGACACACCUGCGGUCAGAGAGAAGCUGCCCCGGAUGGUGGAGGCUGUGCAGUCGCUGAGCCACGACCCCAGCCCCCAGGUGCGGAGGGCAGUGCUGGAGUUCAUCAGGGAGCUGCUCAGCUCCGGCUGCCAGAGCUGCUGGCCAUGGGAUGUGCUGGGGCACGUCUUCACCGAGUUCCAGCGGGCGUCGUGCAGCCUGGUGCCAGGCUGGGUUUUACCCUGGGAAGACGCUGGAGCGCUCCGAGCCCUGUGCGUGGACAUCCUGGGCUCACUGGAUGUGUCUCGCAGAGGGAUGCCCAAACUCCUGUGGCCAAGGCUGCUGCACUACGUGGUGCAGGCCCAGUACAGUGACUUGGUGGUGCCACUGUCCCGCUGCCUGCGAGCCCUGCUUGAGAGGCUGGAGAGAGGAUGUGAAGAGGAGGAGGAGCCUGGUGCCAUGGACUCCCAGGAGGAAGGUAGGAGCCCCAGGGAGUGCUGCUGGGUGAUGGUGGCAGAGCCUUCCCAGAGCAGGGAACGCGCAGUCGCUGCCUUGCAGCUGCUGCAGGCUCUGCAGAGUAGGAUCCACGGCGCCUUGGAGGCAGCGUGGGCGACCCAGAUCCCCCUCCUGCUGCAGCAGCUGGCAGGCAGCCCCGAGACAUCCCUGGGCUCUGCGGGGGAGUGGGAGCAGCGUGUGCUGAAGCUCCUGCGAGCGUCACUGGAGCACAUCCAGGACAAGGCCUGGAGCGUGAACCUGAGCCGGGAACUGAGCCAGCAGCUGGGCAGCUCUGCCCCUGGAUCCUGGCAGAAGCUUUUCCUCUACAAGGCUCUUGGGACAGCGCUGGCAGGCUGUCAGGACCUCGUCCAUGUCCAAGGGCAGGUGCUGAGGUUCCUCCAAGAGGCAGACCUUGUGGAGCUGCCCGAGGCCCAGGGAGUAGUUUCUGCUGUGUCCCAUGCUGCUGAGGGCCACUUCCACCUGGUCCUGGACACGGUGCUGAUGUUCUCUGCUGCCGUCACCAGAGGCCAGCUCCAUCAGACCGCCACAGGCUGGACGGUCCGGCAGCAGCUGGCGAGAGCCCGGGCCACCCGCGCCGCUCUGAUGCGCAUCUGCGGCGGCAUUGCCCUGCGAGCCCCCAGGGAGCAGCUGCUCAGCCGCCUGGACAGCGACAUCCUGGGCAGCAUCCUGCGGCUCUUCAGAGCUCAGCCGAGGGACCUGCUGCUCAAGCUCGCCCUGGUGGAGAGCAUCCGCAGCGUCACCCAGGCUGUGGGCAACUGCGGCAGCUUUGAGCUUGCCUCAAGGCAGGAGGUGAUGUGCACCUUGCUGGACUGGAUAGAGAAGGAGCCCUGGGACUGCCUGGCGUAUGGAGUACUUCAGGUGCUGUCGGAGCUGAGCAAGCUGAGGCCUCCUCUGAGCAGGGAGGAAGCUCUCAGCCUGCUGGCAGUGUGCUGCCGGAUUGUGGUGUCCUCUCCUUGCAAGGGGCAGGUGACAAGGAGAAGGGAGGCAGCGAGGGCAGCUGAGAACAUGCAGUCCCUGCACAGGGGAUUGCUGCAGGAUCUGGGCCAGCUGAUGGAAACCCUCCUGGAGGCAGAGAGCAGCUCUGCCAGCUUGGAGGAUGUGCUCCACGUCCUGCAGGGCUGGCUCAGAUCCGGCAAGGAACAGGAGAAGGAGAGAGCCCUGUGGCUUUGUGCGCGUGUGCUGGGGGCCUGCAAGGAGUGUCCGGAGCUCAUGGGAGGAGGUCCUGGCAAACAGCUUGGCUCCUUGGUGGGACUGCUGGGGGUUCUGAGCAGUGACUGCCUGGCUAUGUCCCGCCAGAUGGCCUGGUUCUGCCUUGGCUCCCUUCUCCAAAUGCAAGCCAAGGCCACGCAGGAGGUGCCUCAGGCUGAGGAGAUCAGGGUCCUGUGCGAGGCGCUGAGCAGCCCAGACCCCAGGGCUGUGGUGCAGGCCCGUGGCACCAUAGCAAAGGCUCUUUGCAGAUGCAUCCCUCCAGCACAGGCCACGGACUUUCUGAGAGCCGCCCUGGACAGCCGGCUGCCUGGCAGGGCUCCCUGGCCGGGGGUCCCGUCGCAGUGGGUGUUCACCUUCCUGGUGGAGUGCAGAGAGGGAGCAGGCCAGCAGAUCAGCCGUGCCAUCUGCGAGGUGCUCUUUGUCCGGAGGAGCACGGAGGAGCUCAGGCAGCUGCUGCCCCUGCUGCUUCCCAGCCUUCUGAAGUGUGCCCGUGGAACGCUGGGCAUGGAGAGGCAGCUUUGCUCCAGGGACAGCUGGAGACGGCCGGGCCUUGAAGGCCUCGAUGGCCUUGAGGAGAAGCCCUGCAGAGUUUUCCUCCUGGCUCUGGAGCUGCUGCUGGACAAGUGCAUGGAGCAGAAAUGGAUGGAGCUGCUGGUGGACAAGGCAGUCUGGGCUCAGCUGGAAGACCCCCUGGCUCACGCUGAGGGGCUGCAGAUCCUGAGCAGGGGGUGA